UUCUUACACUUUACUACAUUCAGACUAUAAAGAGAGAAGAAGAUGGAGUAAAUGAGCAAGAGGACAUCUACAGCAGAGCAGGAGACAUGGAGGGAAGAAUGAAUAUUGUUGUCAAAGAGGAGAGAGAGCAGUGUGGGCGGGGCAUGGACACUUCUCAGAGAAGAACUAAAAGCUUCAAAUUCUGUUACAAUAAAAGGAAUUAUAAAGUGACCUGUGAUCAGUCAAUGACCAUCCAGGAGGCUCUGCACUCAAACGAUUCUUUUAAAAGCAUUUCUGAAAAUAAUCAGCAAAAGGCACUGAUUAUCGAGAGACGGACGACUCUAGCAGCGACUGUGACCCCAGACUUCCCUAUUUGUCUGAUCGAUGAAAAUGAGACUCUGGACAUUGACUUCAAAACAGUCAGAAAAAUCAGCACAGUUAUAGUUGAGAAGACCCCACUUGAGCCUGCUUUAAUGGCAGAACGUGAAAACUUUGUUAGUUUCUACAUAAGCAAAAAUGGUGGUGCUAAUAUCCAAUAUAUUUUGCAACACAUUAACUUGAUAGAAACUAGUUAUGUGUGUGUGUAUGCAGUGAAGGGAAAAAACGUGGAAGCAGCUCUUAGGCGUGAUGGGAGAUUUAAAGAAAAGAUUUUUCAGAAAGGCAUUCUCUAUGAAGAGUCCUCAAAAACCUUCAUCAAUCUGUCAGAACCUGUUGAUGUCAGUCUGAAUGGUAUGAAGUUCCAGAUUAUUAUUAAUCCCAACCCCACAAAGGGCUUAAAGUCUACCCAAAUAGACAAAAAACACAAUGAUUGUGGAACUCCUGAGACCUCCAGCACUGAAAAGAAGAAAAUAGUGAAAGAGAAAGAGUCUAGAAAAUACCCAGAAGCAAAAGAGAUCCCAAACACACAGGAGAUCCUCAAUAUUCUGCGAGAGCAGCACAGUGAUUUAUUGAAGACUCUGAAACAAAGAGAGGAUCUUAAGAGUAAUGUAGAAGUAAAGAAUUUUUCCAUAAAGGAGAUCCCAAACUCACAGGAGAUCCUCAGUAUCCUGAAAAAUCAGUACGAGGAUUUGGUGAAGACGCUGAAAGAACAAAAGAACCUGAAGGAUGAUGGUGAAUUGAAGAAGUUCUUCAGAGUGGAGUAUGAUAAAAGUGUUCAGAGCUUUUCCGAGGUAAACAGGGUUAAAGAGUUAAUACGGUUGUCUGACUCCGUCUGUCAGAUCCGCAAUAGUGGUUCUCCAAGAGGAACUGGAUUCCUGCUCUUCAAGAGGUUUGUCCUCACCAACAAACAUGUUGUUAGAGACUUAUUCCCCUGUAUAACAGGACGUCCACACAAUCUAACAGCUGUGUUUGGAUUUGAAGUUCUGAACACUUCAGUAACUGAGAUACCAGUAGAGCAAAAUUUUGUUGCUGACUUCUAUGGGAAAGAUGACAUAGGGAACCAUCUGGACUUUGCUCUACUCGAACUGAGCAGUGAUGUAAAAUUUCCUGAAUUGAUUAGAUGCUAUAGUCCUCCACCCAUCAUGGGUGGUGUCUGCAUAAUUGGACACCCAGAUAAUGGAGUUAAACGGAUGGACCCAUGUUUUAUUAUCAGAAAAGAAAACGUUCAACAAGAAAUAGCACAACACUGUGAAAAUAACCCAAACAUUCAUGUCAUAAAUAAACAAUGCCUCGCUGAGAACUGGGAAGUCAAAGUAUCUCAGAUCUCCUACAAUUCCUGUUUCUUCCAUGGAUCAUCUGGCUCACCAGUGUUUGACGAUUACUGCAACCUGAUUGGUGUUCACACCGGUGGAUAUGUUUAUCCAGGAGAAAGUGGAGAAACAAGGAGUGUGAUGGAAUUUGGCUUUCCAAUGUUCCCUAUUCUGAAACAGAUCUUAAUACAAUGCAGCGGGAGUGGAAGGUCUGAUGUAGUUCAGGAGUUUUGGGCCUCCAGCAACCUGAAACUCGUUGUUAACAAGGCAAAAGAACAGCUGCCGAGAGAACAUCAGGCCAACUAAGGAUGUUGAAUACCAGUGACCAUGAAUUGAAGCUGAAAGUCUACACUGUAGUCACAUCUUAAGUGCUCCAUUUCAAAUCCAGUUUGUUGGUGUAUAGAGGCAACAAUAUCCAUGGAGUCUUCAAAAAUCUGAUCUAAACGUCUCCUCCUAUAAUCCAAUCUCGAUACUCACCAGAUUGUAGCUCCAGAACUAGCAGUUUGCAGUCGGAAACAGGAAAAUCGCCGACCCUGAUUGAUUUAUCACCUCUCACCUUAAUAUUUUGAGCCAAUAAGAUGUGAUGAAGCAAACGACAGCUGGUGUUAGUUUGGUGUUAGAAAAAAUUUAUCCGAAUUAUUAGUGAUGAAUUCUUCUGCUUCUUAUAUGUAACAACCCUCUUUUUCUUUGGGUUAUUGGAGUUUGUAUGUAGAAUAGAUAAUAAUAAUAAUAAUAAUAAUAAUAAUAAUAACAUUAAAUAUAACAGAGCAUCAGUUUGUAGACAGAUCAGAGUCUGAGUUUGCACUCCUGCUUUAUGUCACAUAACUGUUUUAAUAAGGAAUAUCUCAGCUCGUGACUUUCAUCCCUGUGACUCUGACCAAGUGCUUACUGAAGAUCAUCAGACCUUAAAUCUCUCCAUCACACUGGGGCUUCUCUCUCUCUUCUCUUUUUCUCUACACAGCAAAUAAACAGGGCUGAACAUUAUAAUCUUCUCUCGUAUAACUUUAUAGAGUUUUGUGUGACUAACUCAUUCACACCUUCUUUUACUGGAACAAGUCAGAAUUUAAUCUUUAAUACACUUUAAUGAUAUAAUUGAUUCUAAUGCUUUUGUCUGUAUUCAUGUUGGAUCAUGUAAUCAUUUCCUUGUUUCUUCCUGAAUAAAAGCACAAGCAGAUUUAAAAAGAAGAGACAGAAGAGAGUUUUAUUGAAGUUGAUUUACAAUAAGAUUGACAGCUGCAUGAGUCGGACACAGCACAGAGAUAACACACUGCUGUGUGAGUGAGGAGGUUUCA